AUGUAUUGUUGGUUUGUGCGACUUCCUGAUGAUGCAGAGCGACAAUUCCAAGCGGCGCUCAGGACAGCGAAGGAUACUGAACUAUGGACUGUUAUAAAUUUAAGUCUAGCCAUUGUUUAUUUAAUGACAUGCCGCGAGACUGAUUUUUACGGGUUGUUCGAACGCAUCACGCCCGGCAAGCUGCAGUCCAGUUCCGAAUUGCUCAAAGCAUCCGCCUAUUUUGUGCAUGCACUGCAUUCUUACCUGCACUCCAGAGUCCAGGAAGCAAAUCUAGCCAUUGUUUAUUUAAUGACGUGCCGCGAGACUGAUUUCUACGGGUUGUUCGAACGCAUCACGCCCGGCAAGCUGCAGUCCAGUUCCGAGUUGCUCAAAGCAUCCGCCUAUUUUGUGCAUGCAUUGCAUUCUUACUUGCACUCCAGAGUCCAGGAAGCAAAAAGCCAUAUAACUGACAGUGUGACGAUAAUACGUGAAGAAGCGGUGCCGCGAAUACAAGCACUUGCAGCUCUUUUUUCCGCGAAAAUGGUGGCUUUUGAAAUGCCCGAUAUGCUUGUCUCUGCUAAUGAAUUUGUUAGCAAAAGUUCUGAUCACUCACUUGCGCUUUGGGUGAAUCAAAUCAUUUAUGGUUAG